AUGCCCACCGCCGGCGAUGAACGAGAACGCUCACCACACCCGUAUGCCCGUCGUGGCCGCCGAGCUGCUAAGUCUGAAGAGAGCAGCAACUACCAAACUCCAACGAACUUGUCGAGCGAGAGUGGCACAGAGGCCGACGACGAACGACCGUCACAAUACCUGAAAGCUCUGCCACCAGCCUCCCUACGGCCUGCCAAAGGACUGCGGCAAGAAGAUGGUUCACCGGCCCCAUUGCUCACUCCUUCGCAACUCGACAGCCAAGGCCGCCGCUUAUCUGAGGGUUACUUUGAUCACAAGCCGUCUCCAACACCGACAGAGCGUGCUGAAGAAGAUGAGUUGUUGCUCGCUAGGCGGCUCUUCGAGAAGAGGAGGAGAGCUGAGCGCAUCCGUCGCAUCUCAGAGGGUGCUUUGCUUGCGUGCAUCGGCCUGAUUAUCAUACUUGCUCCUUCUGUGAGACGUGCUCUCUGGAACUGGCAUCGAGAGCUCGCCUCUCAGUUGGCCAUUGUAGCCCUCCUAAUCGCUGUGUACCCCCUGAGAGUGGUAAUCUUCUCCCCCUCAGACGACACGACUCGUCCCCGAUGGCGCCGCUUCCGAGUACCUCCAUCUUUCGACCCUGCUUCCAUCCUGUAUCCGACAUUCGUCCCUGUCUUGAUCGCCCUCUCUUUGCUGCCUCAAUACCCCGCCCUACUCUUACCCAACCUAAUACUGGGCCUGGCUUCUCUACCGCCACGUCUCUUUCCUCCUCUGUCUCGACUCAAGGAUAUAAACACGCUUCAUUGGCUUGUCGCCAUCACUCCACUCAUCUUCUCCGAAAACACCGAGCUACCUUCGUCCGCCUACCCUCCUGCACCAUACAAGCUCAAGGCCAGCCAGCCUCCUUUUCUUCAGCCUGAGCUCCUCACUCUGUUAUAUCCUCUCCAUCAGGCCCUCUUACCUCCGCUACACUAUUUGACCACGUCCAGUCUUUUGGCUGCCGAGAAGCAUCUUUUGUCAGCUGGACUGAUCAAUCUUCUGCUUUUCGCCACUUCGCCUCAGACUGCUAUCUUACGGGCUCUUCUAUGGGUUGGAGGCGUGUGGGUUCUUGUCUUGUGCACUCAUGUCGCGCGCUGGAACGUAGCCCUUGCACGUGUUCCUCGCUGGAGGUUCCGACGAACUGCUUCUAAAUCUGCUCAGACAAAGCGUGAUCCUCUUGCUGCACUUACGAAAUGGGUCUAUCCUUUCACGCGCUAUCAGAAUGAGGACAGUGAUGCCGAUGAGGAUGUCCCUGUGCAGAAAAUCCAAUCCCAGACCCGCAAGACGCCCAAGCUGGUUACUAACAUCAUUCCAACUGACCAUGAUUUCCACGAACCUAGAUCAGCGGCUGAAGCAAAUCCGCCACCUCACCGAGAUUCGGUUGUGGAUGCGAACGACUUCUCUAGGAAAAGAAGACAUACUAUCGCAAGUAUGGAUGUUCCCACUUCAAUGCUUGGCAACACUCCGAGCGCAGCUGCCCAUCGUAGACAACGUCGAUUGCGUGACUGGCAUCUGAACCUGACUCCCGAAGGCGCGUUUAUGUACAAAUGGGCGUACGCUAUCUACAUCUUGACGACAAUCGCUUUCAUCAUUCUGGUCCCGGUACGCAGAACAAUCUCGGAAGCUGCUUUGAACUCUGCAGAACCCAUUGUCUGGGCGUUCGAGUAUCUUUUCUCAGACAUACCUACGCUUUACAAUGCCUUCUCUUCCAGAGUGGAUCGAAUUGCUUACAAAGAUGAAAUUUUACGGAAUUUUUCGUUAUAUGGCUCUUCGGUCCCUGGUGUGAGAGCUGCUGUUGGUGCAGCCAAUACACGACUUCUCAUCGUUGCAUACUGGGCGGCUGUCCUCUGUGUCGGUCUGGUUGCGGUUCUGCGUCUCACUCCUUUCAUCGAGGUCGACACGAGACGAAAAGUCUUCCACGCAGUCAUGGUUACCAUGCUCCUACCAUCCAUCUUCGUGGAUCCUUGUUUCUGUUCGCUAGCACUUGGCAUCGUCCUUGCCAUUUUCCUGAUUCUUGAGAUCAUCCGAGCUGGUCAGGUCCCUCCACUAGGCAUCGCCAUCGGACAAUUCGUGGCGCCAUACGUCGAUGGUCGAGACUUACGAGGUCCCAUGGUUGUCAGCCAUGUCUUCCUUCUUAUCGGCUGUGCUAUCCCACUAUGGCUCUCCCUCGCCGGCAUCGGCAGAACCAAAACUGGCCGCUGGCCUGGCUGGGAAACAGAAAACGAAAGCCGCGAAGUUGCAAUGGUGGCAGGAGUCAUUUGUGUAGGCAUGGGCGAUGCAGCCGCCAGUCUGAUCGGCAGACGGUUCGGUCGCUGCAAGUGGCCUUGGAUAGGCGGCAAGAGUCUUGAAGGCAGUGGUGCUUUUGCCGUUGCCGUGACUAUUGGUUUGCUACUCGCCAAAGCGUGGGUCAGGUUUGGUGGGUGGUCUGAAGUUCACGAUACCGCCUCUGAGACCAUCAUCUCGGAGUUGAUGAUGCCUAUAGAUCUUGGCGGCUGGGGUUUAGAGGUUGGGAAAAUGUUUAUUUGUGGUUGUGGAGCUUCGUUUAUGGAAGCGGUGCUUACGGGGGCGAAUGACAAUGUUGUUGUUCCUGUUGCAUUGUGGCUUUUGGUUAAAAGUAUGGGUAUUUAG